GAGAAAGAAGUGAAAUGGGAAGACAGUGAUUACUAAUGAAAAUCAUAAUAAUCAUAAUACUAACAAUGGGGUACAUAAGUAGAUGACUAGAAGAAAAAGUGGAAAGAAAAAAAAAACAAAUGGUAAAAUAAAUAUGGAAAAAUGCAAUAUUUCUAAUAGGCCACAUAACCAGUAUCUAAUUAAUUUGCAGCAACCCCAGAAAGUUUCAUCUUAUAUAUAAUUAAGCCAAGUCAUGAUGCUCUGAUUUUGUCACAGGAAGAUUGCAAUGUUAGUUAUGUUUUAGGGUCAGUUUAACCUUGACACAGUUAAGAUGGUGCACGCCCUCUAGCGCACCUGGUAAGAGUGUGUCGCCCAUAUAGGCUGAGACCCUUACAGCAGCCUGGGUUCAAAUCUGACCCGUGAUCCUUUGCUGUGUGUCAUCCCUCCUACCUCACACCUUUCUUGUCAAUCUACAAAGGCAAAAAUGCAAAAAAGAAAAAAAAAUCUUCAAAAAAAAAAACCAAAACAAAACAGGAUGAGUAAUGUGCUAAUGUCAUCAGAGGUGAGGUUUGCUGCAGCUAAUUCUGUCCUCUUUUCUUCCCUUGUUGUAUCUCUCUCGUGCUGACAAACACUUUCUUUCCCACACUCACAAACGCAACACACAUCUUAGUGGCAGCAGUUGGCAUGAGAAGAUAACUGGCACGCUAUUGGUCCUAAUGUCUCUGUGAGAAGGAAGAGCCAUCCCUUGUGAUUGGACAGCAGGUGGCAGUGCUUGCAGACCCAGGAAGCUGUCUUGUCUGCAGAAGUAAAAGGCAUACUGUAUGUGAUUGCUCACAUACACACAUACAGUAUGCACUUACAUCAUCAUCAGGGGAGGAGCUUCUAUCAGAGUGAGGAUUGCAGACUGCCACUGCAACAGGGAUGACUUAAUAAGAGAAACACAGCAACAUGGACAUGCUUCAGCCUUGACAGCCUGCAGUCAGUGUGAAAGCACAGAACUACUGCAGUCCUAUCUGAGCCCUGAUCGCAGCAUGACAGCCCUGCCAGGGUGACGCACUGGAGUUGGGACGUGACUUUGGUGACCUCAGGACAGCAUCAUAGCAUCAUGGCAUCACCCAGGCACUACGGACACCCUGCUCGGGAUAUUGCCAAUGUGAUGCAGAAGCUGCAAGAUGAGCAGGAGGCUGUGCAGAAAAGGACAUUCACGAAAUGGAUCAAUUCCCACUUGGCAAAGCGUGUCCCGCCUCUGGUGGUGACAGACCUCUUCGAGGACAUCAAGGAUGGCGUGAUGCUACUGGCCCUGCUGGAAGUCCUCUCCGGACAAAAACUGCCAUGUGAGCAGGGCAAGAAGCUAAAGAGGAUCCACUGGGUCGCCAACAUCGGUACAGCUCUCAACUUCCUUGAGGGUAGGAAGUCUGCCUACAGAGGAUCUCCGAUCAAGCUUGUGAACAUCAACUCCACAGACAUUGUUGAUGGACGGCCGUCAAUUGUACUGGGGUUGAUGUGGACCAUCAUCCUCUAUUUCCAGAUUGAGGAGUUAACCAGUAGCCUACCGGCACUUCACGCUGUCUCCAGCAGCACUUCUUCACUGGACAGCUCCACCAGCAGCACUGACACCACCAGCCCACCUGUCAAAAGAAAACCCCUCCCACCUCUGCAAGGUGGAGCCAGAAAGGCCCUGCUAAGAUGGGUCCAGCAGACAGCAACCAAACGUCUGGGGAUUGAAGUGAAGGACUUUGGCCCCAGCUGGCGCACAGGGUUGGCAUUCUUUGCCAUUAUCAACGCCCUUCGGCCCAAUCUAGUUGACAUGGAGCAUGUUUGGAGGAGGCCCAACAGAGAAAAUCUUCAGGAAGCCUUCUUCUUGGCUGAGACACAGUUGGGCAUUCCUCAACUUCUAGACCCCGAGGAUGUCGAUGUAGACAAGCCAGACGAGAAAUCCAUUAUGACUUACGUUGCCCAGUUCCUGAAGCAUCACCCUGACCGAAAGCAGAGCGACUCAGACGGACAGCUAGAAGAAGAGAGAGAGCAGCGAAAGAGCCUGAGGGAGCUCAAAAUGUGGCUCAACCAGCUGGAGAGAGAUGCAGUACAGGCUCAGGAGACUGAGGGCAAUCUCUCUCAACAGUACCAGUCGUUUAAGAGUCUGCGUGUCCAAUUGGAGAUGAGGAGGAAGCAGGUGGAGGGAGCUCUGCAGUCCACUCAGAAGGAUGGGAUGCUGACAGUGGACCAGGCUCUGGUCAAACAAGCCUGGGAAAGAGUCUCUAACAGGCUUCUGGACUGGCAUCUGCAGCUGGACAGGUCUCUGCCUGCUCCUCUGGACAAAGUGGGGGCGUGGCUGCAUGAGGCUGAAGGAGCUCUGCGACAAGAGAUCAUCGUCCAUCAGGCACACGAUGUGACAGCUAACACUGUCCACAGGGCUCUGGAGCAGCACAAGGAUGUGUUGAAGAGCCUGGAAAGUCACCAGCAGGUCUUUCAGAGAAUCCAUAAAGACAGAAGUGUUGAUGGAGUCCCUGUUCCCCCAGACCAGCUCCAAGACAUGGCUGAGAGGAUGAACUUUGUCUCCACAUCUUCUAGCAUCCACUUGUCUAGAAUGGAGUUCUUGGAGAACAAACAUCACAUGCAGGCCUUUCUCACUCUCGCCGAGUCGAAGCUCAAAUCCUGGAUCAUAAAAUACGGCCGACAAGAAUCUGUGGAACUGAUGCUACACAAUUAUGUUUUGUUUGUGGAGAAGCAUCAUUUCUUUGAAAAUUACGAGGCAUUGUUCCGAUCGUUGAAACAGUCGGCUGAGGCCUAUGUCAGUGCUGACAGCUCAGCGGACGAGGGCGAGAUGGGUGUGCGCAGGUUCAUGCGAGAGGUGGUGACCCAGUGGAGGAGUCUGUCCAUGGAAGUGCGCAGUGUGAGGAGUAUGCUGGAGGAGGUGCUGUCCAACUGGGAGAGGUACAGCUCCACUGUGGCCUCCUUACAGGCCUGGCUGGAGGAUGCAGAGGAAGCUCUGAGCCAGCCGGAAAACACAAAACGGGAGUUUUUCAGGAUCCUCAGCCACUGGAUGGAUCAGCAUGCAGCCAUGAACGACGCAGGGAAUUUUCUCAUUGAGACGUGUGAUGAGACUGUGUCGCUUGAUCUCAAGCAGCAGCUACUUCUUUUGAAUGGACGAUGGAGAGACCUCUUCCUCAAAGUCAAACAAUAUGCCCAUGCAGAUGAGCUGGAGAAGUGGAGAAGAGACCACCUAAAGGCUGUGACGGCCUUGAAAGAGCUGCUGGACACAGCAGAGGCCAAGCUUAAUGUUCCUGUCCAGGUGUCUUUCCUCAGCGUUAGAUCCUUUCUGCAGGACGUGGAGAAUACCAAGCAAAAGGUUGUUGCCAUGGAGACACAAUACAAGUUGGCUGCCCGCAGUGCUCAGCUCCUCGCCAAGGAUGCUCUACAGGAUGAGGCUGCCAGGGUCAUGGCAGCUAUGGCAACAGCCAAAAGUCAGCUGAGUAAGGUGAGAGAACGGUGUCCCUCCCUUGUGAGGGAGUGUCAUGUUCUUCUGCCACUGUUGGAGGAGAUGGAGAAACACAUCACUGCUUUUUACCAAGCCCUGGAGCGAGCCAGUCGCAUCACUUCUGCUGCCAGAGACCCAGACACACAGACCCAGACCCAGCAAAAACAGAAGUGGCAGGAUUUGUUAAACCAGCAGCAAAGCUGUAAACGCUGUCUGUCAGUGAUUGAGAGGAAUCACCACACCCUGCAGAGGACACUCUCCACCAGUAAGGUGCUCCGAAACUUCGACCUGUCCCUGCUGCAGAAGAGAGUGGCUGAAAUACAGGGCUCUGCGCAGGCUUUGCUGAAGGAGGUUGGGGAAUGGAGAAGGCAGGAAGAGGCCAACAACUGCCUAAGGAGGAGGUUUGAAGAAUCGAGACAGGAGCUGGAGAGAGUGCUGAAGAAAGCUCAGGGUUGCUUGAGAGAGACUGGAGAUGCCGAGGAAUUACUGAAGAAACACAGUGAUUUUUUUGGCCAACUGGACCAGCGGUUGCUGAGCGUGUUCCUGAAGGCGUGCGAUGAGCUGACUGACAUCCUGCCACAGGAGGAGCAACAGGGGCUGCAAGAAACUGUCCGCAGGCUACACAAACACUGGAAGGACAUCCAGGGUGAGAUACCGUCUCACCUGCUCCGUCUUAAAGUGGAGGUGGAGCGUAGUCGAGUGGAUGUGAUUAUACAAGACAUCAGAGCAGAGCUGGACAGAGAAACGCAAGCCCUGUCUGGCACCUGUACCAGUGAGCGAGUGAUCAAAGAGCACAGAACUUUUUUCAGGGAACGCAAACCUCUGACUUUGUGUGAGAAGAGGAUUAGAAACAUGGAGGAUCUGUGUCAUAAGUUGCCUGACAACGACCCGGCUUAUCGAACGCUAGAUUCCACCAGGAGGGCUGUAGAGGAGGUUACGGAGCAAAUCAAAAGCACCCACCUCAAACUGGAGCAUCACCCUGAUAAAUGGAAAGAGUGGAAUGAGAGGUUCUGUGAGCUUUCUGAUUGGCUUUCAUCUCAGAGGAGGCAGGUGAGGCUUUUGAGAGAGACGGCAAGAAAUUCGGGCCACCAGGAGCAAGUUGAUGCUGCUGUUCAGGCACUGCAGGAAGCAGUAGAUGCCCGAGAGGAGAGUCUGCUGUGGCUGAAGAGCCGUCUUGCUGGGCUGUCUGAAGUCAGCUCUGAACUGGAGGUCCAGAGACAGAGAACAGCUCUGGCCAAACUCUCAACUGACCUGCGGGCACUCUUUUCUUCACUCUGUCAGUGGGGUGAGGAGGGCUCUGCUAUGUUCCAGUACGAGGAGCUGAGGGAGGAGGUGCGUGGGACACUGGACGAGGUUCUCAGAGUGCGGAGAGAGGCUGAGGAGCAGACCGGCAGGAUCCUGGAUGCUGAGGGCCUGGAGGAGGCCAAACAACUUUACCUUAUUCACCAGCACCACCUAAAGCGCUUGCAUGCUAACAGGAGGGAGGCAGAGCUUCUGGUGGCCCACUGCCGCCAGCUGCAGAAAGGGGAGGGGCUUAGUCAGUCCCUGCGGGAGCUGGAGGGAGCUUUCCGAGAAGUCGACCACAAAUCAGCGGCAAAGGAGCACAACCUGCAGGCUACUCUGAGCUCCUGGCAGAGUUUUGAAGCAGAAAGAGAGGCAGUCUGGAGGUUUAUCAGUAAUACCAACAAUGAGCUGCACAAAGAACUUAUUUUCAACAGCCUGGAUAGCCUGAAAACUGAACUGGAGCAUAACAAGGAGCUCCUCACAAAAGUUGAGGAGUAUUCUGUGCGAGCAGAACUCCUCCUGGAGAAGGCAGCAGACAUUCAGCUUGGUCCGAAGAAUCAGACUCUUCUUCUACAGCAGGCUCAGUCCACUACAGAAGCAGUCACACAACUGCAAGACCACCUCAACAAGAAUGUUGCCCAGCUGGAGAUGAUGUGCAUGUGGUGGGAGCGUUUCAGCAGUGAAUCAGAGAUCUUCUCUCUGUGGAUCAAUGAGAAAGAGGCGGAGCUGGAGGCUGUCAACUCCACCUCCUCCUUAGAUCCUCUGGACAAAUACAUCAGCACUGUGGAGGCUAUGUCAGAGGAUUUAGAAGAGAGAAGGGCAGCCCUUGCCCACAUGGAGGCGGACUGUGAGGCCCUGUCGAGCUUUGUGACCCCUGGAGAGGCUGGACGUAUCCGGGCACGACUUGCACAGAUGAGGCGCUACUGGGAAGAGUUGAAGGGGAGGGUGGAGCAGCUGGGGGAACAGCUCAACCAGAGCGCCUCAUACUGGCAGAGAUACAAUGAUAACCUUGAACAGGUCAAGAAAGCAAUGAGUGACCUUAAAGAGAAGCUGGACUGUCCAGUCACAUACUGUUCAUCAUCAUCUGAGACCUACAAAAGCCUCCAGGAUCACAUGGAGGUCUGCCAGGCUGUUGAGCAGCUGAACCCCAGGCUGAUGACUUUGUGUUCAGCCAUGAAGAGGCUUGGAGAGGGCAGCCAGCUGGAGGAAGAGGUGGCUAACCUCCAGAGGCAACAGGGAGAGUUUAUGGGAAAGGCAACAGAAAAGCAAUCAACAUUAGAGAGCCUUCUAGCACUGUGGCAAAGAUUUGAAAAGGAGAGCUCAUCCAUGAAAAGCUGGCUGAACAGAUGUGAGUCUGUUUGCUGUCCAGACACCGACCUGCUUUCUGCAGACAAAGUAAAGCUCAGAAAUGAACUGCUAAACGUUCAGGAAAUGCAGGGUGAGACGACAUCCUACGAAGUUCUUCUGCAGGGUCUUGUGAAUCUCGCACUGUGUCUGUACCCCACAGCGCCUGAAACUCGUAUCCAAGAGAUCAGCAAUGAUCUCACACGACUGGAGGAAAGAUGCACUUCUAUGAAGAACAGCAUAUCACACAGGCUUGAGCUGCUGGAGUCGCAGUUGUCACAGCUGGAGCAGUUUGAUCAGGCACUAUUGACUCUGACCCAAAGGAGUGAGAACUUCCUGUCUGGCUUGAGAAGCUCUUCCCAGGUUAAUAUUGCUGAUGUUGAGGCUGCAAUUAGUAAACUGAAGACACAUGAGGAGCAACUACAAGCACAUGCAUCAUUGAGAGAGACUCUUGAGCAAAGAGAGUCCUCCCUGCUUCGCUGCUCCACCUUGGAGGCCCAGCAGCAGCUCCAGGGCUGGAGAGAGGACUGCCUACAGCCACUCAUUGAGUCCCAGCGUCUCCUGCUCCUCCGUAAAGAGUGCCUGACAGCAUUAAAAGCCUUUCUGGAGAAGAAUGGAGCAGCAGGUAGGGCUGUGCGGAGCCUUCAUGAGGCGGUGGAGGGCAGGGGGAGCUGGGACCGCUCCAAAGCUGAAGAGCUGCACCGUGGAAUAGGGGAAGUGGCUAAAGACGUGGCCAAGCUUGAAGCUGAGGCACUGGGGUUGGAUGGGCAGCUAAGCAAGGCACACCUUCACCUGAGCGGCGCAGAGUGGCGGGGCUCCAAAGAUGUCAGCCAUCUUCAGGGAAGAACAUCCUGCAGGGGACAGGUGGUGGCCCUCAUGAUGGCCCUAGAGGAGGUGCAGAGGGGCGUCGGAUGGAGGCAGAGUGAAGCAGAUGCUUUAGGGGCAUUAUGGAGCUCCUUCAGGGAGAGGAGGGAGGAGGUGAUGGAGAAUUUGAAGAAACUGGAGAAUGAAGCAAGGCAAGAGGGGGCCAGAGAGAGCUCUGUACAGGCUUUUCAAAACAGGCUGCGUUUUUUCGUCCAGCUGGAGGAUGAGCUCCAGUCCCUGCAGCAUUCCCAGCGGUGGUUAGAGGAGAAGGGAAGCCAGCUGGCCCAGCGAGACAGUGAGCUGGCUGGGGAGGCUCUCAGAGAGGUAGCACUGGUGAAGACAGCCUGGGAGAACGUGAGGACUCUGAUCACUAACGGUCAGGAACAGAGUGGGGUUGUGGUAGAUCUUCUCCGCCAGUUCCACCACCUGAAGUCAAUCCUCACUGCUGUUGUGGAGAACGCUGAGGCUGUUGCUCACAAUCUGCCUGACCACAACCACAACGCUCAGGAGGCCAAAAGGACUUUUACUCGACAUGACACUGUCCAAGCUGAGCUGAGAGAAAAACAGGAUGACAUGGACCAGCUCAUCAGCACAGUGGAGGACCUGCAGAGAGAGCUGGAGAAGGUUCCCAACUCUGAUGCAAGCUCCGUCCAGAGAGACAUGGAGACGUUAAGAGACCAGUGGCUGGAGGUCUCAGAGAGAAUACAAACCAACACAGAGAGACUGGGCUACUGUGUAGCGCUGUGGGACGACCUCAAGUCAAUGGAGCAGGACAUUAACCAAUGGGCGGCCAACUCCAUCGCUGAUCUCACCGACAGUGUUAGUAAUCUCAGUGAUAAAGAGCAGACAGAGGCCCAUCUUGCCACGUUUCAGGCUGACGUUGAGAAGAGGGAGCAGAGACUGGACGCCCUGCAGGAGAGAGUGACAGAGCUGAAGGAGCGAGCCAAGCUGCAGGAAACCCCGUUACAAAUGCAGGUCCUGGAGUCAGACCUGAGGAAGAAAAUGGCCCAUGCACAGGAGGUGUACAACCAGGCCAAACACACUCUGACCUACUUCAGUUUCCAGAAGCAGCGACUGGAGGACCUCAUGUCCCAGAUGGCCGAGCGGCUGGUGGCAGUUGAGGGUUCGCUAUCUGACCUCACUGAAGCUACUUCUCCUGAAGACAUUGGCACAGUGAAGGACCUGCAGAGCAUUGUGCAGCAGCAGAGGGCAGACAUGGACUCGGCCAGAGAUGCUCUGAGUGCCCUAUGCAGGUCUCAUCCCUCACAGGAGCUGUCGUGCCUCUCCUCUGACCUCACCUCCAUUGCCAAGCGAACAGAGGCUGUUGCGCAGCGCUGUGCCAAGACCAGGGGCAGCCUGCAGGAUGGGCUACAGCUUCACUUCAAUGAGCUCGUCCAAGACUUCCACUCUCAGCUGACAGAUCUGAAGUUGGAGCUUAAAGAAUGCUCAAACCAAUCAGGGGAUCUUACUGUCCUUGGAGCAAAGUUGCAAAGGCUAAAGGUGUCAGCUGAGCAGACAUCAGAGGGUGAGGAGCGUCUCUCUAAGGUUCGUGAGGAAGCCGAGAGGUUGCAGCUCCACCUGUCUAAAGCUGGAGCAGCACAGGUCCAAGAGCAUCUCUCCUCCUGUCAGAGAGAGUGGAGGAACUACCUGGACAGCUGCUCUCAGAGCCAACGAGACCUGGAAGAGAGUAUUGACCUUCUGAAAGACUUUAAUUACUGUGUGGAAGGUGUAAGAGACUGGCUGAAGCAGAUGGAUCUCAGCCUCAAGAGAGAGCCUGUUCUUGGGGCAGAGUGCCAGCAAGGAGCCCCAGACACCACGGAAGAGCUGGAGCGGAUGGAAAACCUCCAUAAGGAACUGCUUGCAAGAAGGGACUCCAUCGAGCGUCUCAGCCAGGAGGCUCAGUCUCUUUCUGAAGCAGGCCGGGGGUCAGGAGGAGAGGUCAGAGUGACAGGCCAGCUCCAGAUGGAGCACCAGGCCCUGCUGAAGGCAGCCAGGGAGAAGCUGCGGGGAUGCCAAGAGAGCCAGGCCUUUGGAGAGACCCUCCAAGGGGUUUGGGCCUGGCUGGAGGAGAUCCAGGAGAGACUGGGUACAGUAGACAGCACCAUGGGGACCAAAGAACAGCUAGAGCAGAGGCUGGAGACUGUGCAGGACAUCCUGCUUUUGAAAGGGGAGGGGGAGGUCAAGCUGAAUAUGGCCAUGGGUAAGGGGGAGUUGGCCCUGCGCAGCUAUGGAGCCGCCGGACAGGAAGUGGUCCGCUCUCAGCUACAGGAAGUGGAGGAUGCAUGGGCCACGCUGCUUGUGACUGCCAUGAGCUGCCACAGCCGAUUAGAGUGGACCGUGUCGCAGUGGGGAGGAUACCUAGAGAGUGCUGCCCAGCUGCGGUGCUGGAUGGAGGCUGUGGAGAGGGAGGUGUGUGCCCCUCUCACCCCCCAGCCGGGACCCAGAGAGAAGGCCUCCCAGCUCGAGAGACUUAGAGCCCUGCUAGCUGAUCUGGAAGACCACCAGGUGGCGCUAUCCAGCCUGGAGGAAAAAGCCAGGGAGCUGUUUAAGAAGACUGCCGAUGCCAGCUUUAAUCACGGUGCCCGCACCCAGCUGCAGGUGCAGUUUGAUGACCUAACAGCCUUGGUGGAGGAGAGAGUACGUCUAGCGCAGGCCGUGGUGCUGGAACACCAAGACUACCUGGAGGCUGUUAGGGAGCUCACUGACUGGCUGAUGACUGCUGGAGAGGAGCUACAUCAUUGGUCUGAUACAUCAGGAGACUCUGCCUCCAUCAAAAAGAAACUGUCAGAAGUGAGGGAGCGUGUGGAGUGUCGGCUACUAGAGGGCCGAGAGCGCCUCAGCAGGGUGCGUCGGAGCGCAGCAUCCACGGCGGAGCACACGGCAGCAGGUGGCUGCGAGGCUAUGGACCGACAGCUGGGGGCGCUGUCCCAGGCUCUGGAGCAGUGGGAGGGGGCCGCCCUGAGGGCCAGGGACGGCCUGGAGGGGGCUCUUGCCGCUGCUGCAGCCUCAGAGGAAGAAUAUGACCGUCUGACUGCGCGGCUGGAGGACAAAUUAAAAGAGCUGGAUGGACGGCUGAGGGGGUGGAGCCAGGAGUUGAUUAAAGCUGAAGGGAGGAGCAACGGCGAGGAAGCAGUUGAGGGAUGGCAGCUGGCUAAGGAUAUACUGGAGGGCUUGCAGAGCGCCGAGCCGAUGGCAGAGAAGUUGAAAGGCCAACUGAACGACCUGGUGCGAUACUCGAGAGACCUGGGCUCACAGUCAGACCGCGUCACUGCGCUUAUCAAACAGCACAACAGUCUCAGUCUUCGUGCAUCCAGGGAGUGUCAAAAUAAGGAGCGCUUGUUGGAGCAGAGGUUCCGUGCAGCCUUGAGAGACUUCCAGCAGUGGUUGGUCAACGCCAAAAUCAGCACCGCCAAAUGCUUUGAUGUGCCACAGAGUGUCGCCGAGGCCUCUACAGCUCUGCAGAGGAUCCAAGAGUUCUUGAGUGACAGGGAGCAUGGCCAGUCCAGGCUGAGUACAGUAGGAGCCAGUGGGGAGCUGCUGAUGGCUGUGGUGUCCAAAGACAGAGUGGAGGGAAUCAAGGCCAAGGUGGCGAAUGCCAGAGAAGACUGGAAGAGCCUGAUGAAUAACCUGCAGAUGAGGGAGGAUGCACUUAAGAACCUGCAGUCCCAGAUGACGGAGUUUGAGGCCAGUGCUGAGCCUCUGCAGGACUGGCUGAACAGCACAGAGGUCAGAGUUCAGGAGAGCAGUGCUCGGCUACACGACCUUCCAGCCAAGAAACAGGAGCUCAGCAAACUACAGUGUGUAUUGGAGGAGAUGGCCAGUCGGGAAGCAGAGCUGGGGAGGCUCAGGGAAAGAGCUCAUCGUCUCUGGGAGGGACAAGCAGCUGGCAAGGGUUUCGUCCAUCGUGUGUCCCAGCUAUCAGCACAGUACCUAGCACUCAGCAAUUUAACCAAGGACAAGGCCUCCAGGAUUGAACGUAUUGUAGGGGAACACCGCCUCUUCUCUCAGGGCCUUAAAGAGCUCCAGGAUUGGGUGUGUGAAGCUCAGAGGGUCCUCAACACCUGCAUCUCCACCACCACUGACAAGGGGGUGUUAGAGGACCGGAUGUUACAGCUGGAAGCCUUACUGGCUGCUCGUCAGGAGCGGGAGAUCCAACUGAAGAUGCUUCUGACUCGGGGAGAAGCAGUCCAGAGGAACACGUCAGCUGAGGGGGUCCCAGUGAUUCGCAAACAGAUCCAGGACCUCAAAGACUCAUGGGACUCCUUGCUUUCUGCCUCCAUUCAGUGUAAAAGCCAGCUGGAGGGCGCUUUGUCGCAGUGGACCAGCUAUCAGGAAGAUGUGGGUCAGUUUGUGCUGUGGAUGGACCGGGUUGAGGAGACACUUAGCUGCUCAGACAGACAGUAUUCUGAGAUGAGAGACAAGACCGCUAACCUGGGAAAGACUAAGCUUCUCUAUGAAGAAGUACUGAGUCACAGCAGUCCUCUGGAGACCAUUGCCACAAAGGGGUCCAACAUGGCUGAACACUACACUACCCAGCAGGAGGUGCAGCAGCUGCAGUGUAGAUAUAACGCCCUCAAAGAAAAGGCCAAGAAUGCAGUCAGUAAGGCCAAAGGGCUGGUGCUGGUCCAUCAGGAAUAUCAAAGGGGGUUACAUGUGUUUGAGGACUGGCUGGAGCAGGAACAGGCCUCUUUGGCAUCAUUGUCCCAUCCAGAGGGAAACGUGGAUACACUGGAGAAGACACUGCAACAGCUACAGCUCCUGCAGGAACGCUGCUCAAAUGGCCAGUCUUUGCUCUCCUCUGUGCUGACCAGCAGAGAGAGAGUGAUCCCCUGGGGUAUACCUCAGAUUGAAGACAGAGCGCUGGACACUGCUCAGCGGGAGUGGGGGGCCUACCAGGGCCGUCUGGAGGAGACUCAGACCCAGUUGAGCUCCACACUGACCAGACUGAGGCAGAUGGGCCAAAGGUUCCUGAGUCUGGCCCAGUGGCUGGAGGAGAUGGAGAAGGUGGCAAACGUCAGACGUCAUCGGCGGUCAGACAGAGGCACCAAGGAGACACAGCUGAAGAAACUUAAGGGGUGUCUCGAGGCAGUGCUUGCACGGCAGGGAGAAGUCGAUGGCCUCUCCUCUCUGGCCCAGCAGGUUCUGGAGGAAACCUACAUCAGUAGUCGUGUCAGUGUUACUGCCACCCAGCUCACGGCCCGCUACCAUUCCCUGCUGCUCAACAUACAGGACACUAUCAAGCAGCUUCAGGAGGAGCUGAAGAGCAUCGAAGAGGCUGAAAACCUUUGCACGUCCUUCACGGACUGGCUCAGUUCCACUCAGGAAAGCUUCACAGCUUUAACUGACAGUUCUGAACCUCUGGACCGCGUCGCCAUGGAGAGGAAGACGAAAAAAGUAGAGACUCUCCAGUCUGAGCUCCAACACGGUCACAGUUUCCUGAAAUCGCUGAGGGAGCGGGCAGAGCAGGCGGCGGGCUUCCUGGACGAGGCUGGAGCUGAGAGUUUGGGAGCGGAGGUAGAGGCUCGUCUUGCCCAGUUGGAGGAGCUUGCAGGUGGGCUGAGACAGGAGCACAGCUUUCUACAGCGGGCCUCACUGCUAGCUAAGGAGUUCCAGGACCGAUAUAAGGCUCAGGCCCAGUGGCUGGUGGAGACCAGGGCUGUGCUCAGCUCCCCUGUGGAGCCCAAGGCUGAACUGUAUCAACGGAGAGCACUGCUGGCUAAACAUAAGGCUCUGCUGCAGAUGGUUCAGUCCCAUGAUGGAUCCAUCAGGUCAGUGGUGGAGAAAGGAGACGCUCUGCUAGCCUCCGUCCACUACCCCUCCAUCAGAGACAAAAUGAACAGAAUGCAAAGGGACUACACUGAACUCUGUCAUACAGCCACGGCCCAUGUGGAGAAUCUGGAAGGCCAGGUGAAAGAACAGGAAGCUUACCACAACGAGCUCCAGGAAGUGGAGCGCUGGCUGCUCCAGAUGUCCAGCAGGAUGGUGACUCCUGAUCCAACUGUGGGUGGCAGCCUGGAGGCAGCCACUCAACAGCUGGCCAGACACAAGGCCAUCAUGGAGGAAAUAGCAGGAUUUGAGGAUCGCUUGGCAGGCUUGAAGGAGCGAGGAGACCACCUGGUACAAGGCUGCAGUGACCGUGUGCAGAGCAGGCUGAGACAGCAGGUCCAGGCUCACCAGCAAGGCACCAGAGACAGCUACUCUGCCAUCUGUAGCACAGCACAGAGAGUGUAUCAGAGUCUGGACCAUGAGUUGCAGAGACAUGUGAGUCUCCAAGACACACUGAAGCAGUGCCAGACCUGGUUGACCUCUGUCUCAGAGGAACCAGAGCCUCCUGCACAUCCUCCUCUCAGCCUGGAGGAGGCUCUACAGCAGGUGAAGCAGGAGCGUGCUCUACAGGAACAGGCCAGCACUUACCUCCAGCUUGUGUGUUCAGCAUGUGACCUGUCCGAGCCGAGGGUCAGAGGGACGGCAGCAGCUAUCCAGCAGGUCAAAUUGCAGAUUGAAGAGCGUAUGCUGAUCUGUGAGGAGGUCGCAGACAGCUGGAGGGACGUUGAGGAGCAGAAGGCAGAUCUGGAGGUUCAGCUGAGAGAGACAGAGCAGCAACUUCAGAACCUCAUCAGAAGACCUGCGGAGCUGGAGCCCAAGAUUGCACAGAACCAGCUGGACAAAGCACAGGAAUUCCUUCUGCAGAUUAGGGAGAGACAGUCUGAGGUAACCCAUUUAAAUGAAGCUGUUGGUAGGCUGACAGAUGGACAGGUCUCUCCUGCCCUGGAGGAGAUAAGAAGACUGAGGAGAAGCUGGAUGGACCUGGGCCAGCGGGCAGAGGAGCUGGAGUCUCAGCGGGGGGAGGACAUGCAGCGAAGCGGGGAGUACCAGGAGAUUGUUGUUGCUGUGGAGGAACUCUUCCACCAAGUUUCCAGGGAAUGGGACUACCUCGCCAGGGCUGACACAGAGAGUACAAGUGAGCAUCUAGAGGCUUUGAGGAAGCUCUCCAGUGACCUAGAGGAGCAAAGAGCAACCCUAGAAGACCUCAGAGACCAGAAACAAGCUAUCCUCCCUCGACUUAGCCUGCUAGACAAGGAGCUGGUCAAGCAACAGGUUGGUCAUCUAGAGCAGCGCUGGGCUCAGCUUGAAACCCUUAUUCAACAGAAGAUCCAGGACUCUGCACAGACACUAGAGGAUCUUGCUCGUGUUGAAACCCAGCUGAGGGAUGCCCGGGAGUGGGUGGAGGAGCAACGGCCUGCUUUUACCUCUGCGCUGAAAACCAGCCCACCCCCUGAUCUGGCCCAGAGUUUCUUGUUUGACCACCUGAGUGUGUGUGUGGAGCUGGAGGCCCGUCAGCAGCUGCUGGGUCAGGCAGUGAGCGAGGCACAGGCUGUGGCUUCCAGACUGGGGCUGAGUGAGAAGAGAUUCCUGCAGGAGCUCGUUGAACAAGCCCAGACUGAAGUGGAGACUCUGGGGGCUCGGGUAGCCCAAAGGAGGAAGUACCUCAGCAAGGCCUUUACAGAGAGAACACAGUUCCUUCAAGGCCUGGGGAGAGCACUGUCUUGGGUACAGCAACAGGAGAGGAGGGCUUUGAUAGAUGACCACAUAGCACUUCUCCCUGAGGACCUAGCCAAACAGGUUGCUGCUUGUCGGGGUGUCCAGAGUGGUUUACGAGCAUACCAGAGAGAGCUGGCAUCUCUCUGGGUACAAGGGCGAGAGCUAGAGAGAGAUGCCAGUGACAAAGAAAGAGCAGAAACACUGGCCAGACUGGAGAAUCUGCAGUCAGUGUUUGAAACCGCCCUCCAGAGGACGACACAGCGUCUCACAGACUUAGAGAAAGCCUUGACCUCCAGGAAGUACUUCCAGGUUGACCUGGAUAAGACUUGCCACUGGUUGAGACGAGCAGACACCAUCACCUUCCCUGAGAUCAAUCUAAGCAACAUUGACGAUAGCUCGGAGUUGCAAACACAAUUGUCUAAUUUUCAGAAUGUCCUAGAACAAGCUUCAGAGUACGAGAACCUUCUUCUCAUUGUCCAAAGAAUAGGGCAGGAGAUCCUCCCCACUCUGAACGAGAUUGAUCAUUGCUACCUAGAUGAGAGGCUCAAUGCCCUGCCUCAGCAGUACAACGCCAUCCUAGCUCUAGCCAAAGAGAAAAAAGACAGAGUCCAACAAAUAAUCUUAGAGCGAAAAGAGUUCAGCACUUUCUUUGAUAUCACUCGUAAUGCACUGGAGGAGCUUCAGGAGCAGUUUGACAAUCUGGAGAAGCAGACUAUCAGUAUUAGAGAUGAGGAGCUUGCUCGUCUAAUUAAUGAAUACAGAAGUAUUAAUGAAAGUUUAUUCCAUAUUAGCCCUGCUGUGAGAGAACUGCAUGGCAAAAAUGAGGGGUUUCUCAGUAGGGGUCAGCAAUACAGAGCGGAGGAGACACAGCAGCUGGUCGAUCUCCACAACACGCUGAAAAAGACAAACGAUCAGAAAAUUAAGCACUUGGAUGAUUGCUUGAAAACACUGGUUGAACACAACAGAGUAUCUGCCAAGUUGGACUCAGAGUUUAAGUCUGUGAAAGAGAAACUGGUCAGACUGAAGUCAGACGCAGAAAUCGGUGCCAUGGAUAGAAUCACAAGCCUUUAUUUACUGCUUGAGAGUCUGGACUGUGUGAGCUCUCAAGUUGAAGAAUGUAACCAACAAACUAAGGGCCUUGGCCUGAAGUUUGAUCCUGCUGCCUUUCAGGAAACUACACUGCAGCUUGAAUCAUUGCAGUCUUUACGGUGUGAAGUAAAAUGUUGUGUUGAUGAAAAUGAAAAGAAGGUGACAAAGAAUGAAGAUUUCACAAAAGAGACUGUGAAAAUGUUGGAAUGGCUGCGGACUAUCAAGGUCAAAUUGGAAGAGCCGUUGGCCCUGUCAGAGGUCAAAAUCGAGAGGGUGUAUGAAGAAGUGCGGAAACUGAAGAUCGUGGAAGAGGAAGUGAAAAGUAGAUUUAGGAUAGGGGAUGCUUUGGGGGGCAGAGAGAAGCAAAGGUAUUGUAGUAGAAAAAAACCUGUUCCUGCCCACAUAGAAGAGAAACUACAGGAGAUGGCAAAGCUGGGAGCUGAAGUACAACAAGGAAUUAGCAAAAAACAGCUGGCUGUGGAUCAAACCCUUUCCCUGGUCCAGAGGCACCACUUAUCUCUGCAGUCUAUGCAGAAAUGUCUGGACUCUGCUGCUGCUGUGCUCCAGAGGGCCAGCUUGGGGGUGGAUCUAGAGAACCAGACAGAUUGUGCGCAGGACCUGGAAGACAUUUCAGCCCAGGAAAAGAACUUCACAGCUGGUUUAGAGGAGCUGAGGACUUUGGAUCCUUUGCUGGAAGAUUUUAUGGAAGCAGGAGCAAUGGGCGAACUUCGAAAAAAAGUUGAGGCACUGUUGCUGAGAAACACAGAAGUCAAACAGAACCUGGAUACUUACAGAGAUGUGCUUCAGAGUUGUGCAGCGUUAUGGACCUCCUUCCAACAUGAGAAAGAGAUGCUAGUUGAACAGAUGAAUGACGCAGAGGGCAAGAUGGCCAUGUUCACUACAGCUAAAGCUGUCAGCAUCCAGCAGGCAGAGGAAAAGUGUCAGAGAUACAAGUCUCUGGUGGCUCACAUCGACCUGCUAGAGUUGCCUCUGAAUGCUUUGAAAGAGAAUGCAACAGAGUUAGAGCAGAUCAUCUCGGAGUCCAGCAAAGCUGUCACCAGCCACUCAGUGUCGUCACUGUGGCAGCGGUGGACCCGGCUGCGCAGUGUGGCCCGAGCCCAGGAGAGAGCACUGGAGGACACUGCGAGGGAGUGGAGGAACUUCACUGACAAGAUGGAGAAGGUGCGCUCAGUGUCCCAAGACCUCCACAGCCGUGUCCCAGACAGCACAGUUGAAAAGGCUGCCACCAGGGCGGCGCUCCAGAGCCUCCUGGAGUACCAUGACUCGUUCAGCCAGGAGGUGGAGAGGGAGCAGUCCAUCCUGGCCCUGCUGGGGCAACACACACGCAGCCUCAGAGGAGAGGAGGAGGAGGCGAUGGAGAAAAAGACAGAGAAUGGACAUGAGGAGACACCUUGCCUUCAAGAGAUCAGAAGCAUGCAGGAGCAAUAUGACAGCCUCGUGUUGCGGGUACGAGCCAGCAGGGCUCAGGUACACCAGGAGUUGAGGGAGAGAGAGGAGGUUGAGAAGGAGCUGGGCUUGGUCAAAGGAUGGAUCCAAGAUACUCGUGGCUUACUGCUGAGUCCCACUGCAGACCUGGAUUCACUGCUGCAAGAGCUAGAGACUGCACAUGGUGAGGUCAUCAGCAGGCGCCAGAGUGUGGAGCGCAUGACAGAGCUGCAGCAGUCCAAGUACCAGGACCUCCAGGCUGGUCUGCCCUCUGAGCUCAGCAUGCAGCUGGCUGAGGUGGCUCUGGCUCUGGGCUCCGCUGAAGACCAGGUCCAGGCGAGAGAAAGGGAGGUGCAGCAGACCAGAGAUGUCAAAGAAGACUUCAGCUUCAGACUCCAGGACAUCGAGGCGAAGCUGAAGACCAUCGCUCUGAAAUUGGAAGACAAGGGUGUCGACCUGGAGGAGGCCAAAGAAGAGACCAAAGCUCUUUGUGAAGAGUGUGACUGCUGUGGUCGCUCUCUGGCGGAGUUAGGAGUAGCGGUGCAGGAGUUUGGGGAGCAGAACCCUCUGCUGUGUAAGCAGCUGGGCGAUGCUGUGGCCAAACUGACAGAGGUGCAGCAACACACCACGCAGCAGGUCCAGGACAGAGCCAGCAGACUGAAAAAGGCGGAGAGGCAGGUGGAGGAAUAUCAGGGUAUGAAGGCAUUCAUUUUGGGCUGGACAGAAAAGGCAGAAGCUCUGGUCACUGGUGGCAUUAUCUGGGGCUCUGCGUCCCAGCUGCAGGAGCAAAUUCGAGCAUACCAGGCAUUGCUGCGGGAGUGUCGGGGUCUCCAUGGCGACUUGGAGGCCAUGGGGGAGAGGGAGGUGCAGCUGGGGGAGGUGUUGCAGACAGAGGGGUGGAUCCAGCAGGUGAAACACCUCAGCAGACGCACAGAGGAGCUGCAGCAAACUGCCAAGACUCGCCUCCAGAGUCUGCAGGAUGCAGCAAAGGACAUGUUGCGUUUGGAGGCAGAGGUGAAGAUCCUCCAUGCUGCUGUAGACCAGAUCCAGAUCACACUUGCGUCCCCCGACCUCAACAGGCUCAGCCUCAGGGAACAGCUCACACAGAGACAGCGUCUGUUGGUGGAAAUGGAGGGCUUCAAGCAGCAGGUGGCGGCAGUACAGCAGUGUCAGAGCGCCCUCCGGCUACCAGAGGAGGUAGUUGCCAGCCUGCCUAUCUGCCGCACAGCUCAGACUCUGCAGCAGGAGGCCAGCCAACUGCAGCAUACCACCAUCCAGCAGUGCAACAUCCUGCAGGAGGCUGUGGUGCAGUAUGAGCAGUACGAACAGGAAGUUAAGAACCUCCAGAGAUUAAUAGAAGAGGCUCAUCGCAUCAUUCAGGACCGGCCAGUCUCCACCAAUAACAUACAGGAACUUCAGGCUCAAAUACACCACCAUGAGGAGCUGGCCCAGAAGAUCCGUGGCUACCAGGAGCAGAUCGCCUCGCUCCACUCCAAGUGCAAGAUGCUGACGGUGAAAGCCAAACAUGCCACCAUGCUGCUGACGGUCAACGAGGUGGAGGGCCUUUCAGAUGGCGUGGACGAGCUGAGUGAUGAGGAGCUGCCCAGCUCUGUGGCAACCAGCAACGCCGCCACCAACAAGCAACUCCCAGCACACCCCUCUGUCGUCAUGAUGACAGCCGGCCGCUGCCACACACUCCUCUCCCCUGUGACGGAGGAGUCAGGGGAGGAGGGCACCAACAGCGAGGUCUCCUCUCCCCCUGCCUGCCGCUCCCCCUCCCCGGGGGCUAACGCUGAUGCUCCUCUUAACCAGGGUCGAGGUGCCUUAAGCCGAGCGCCCCUCCAGGAGCUGUACGACCCGUCCAUGGAGACUAGUGCUGCCAACCUCGAUGACCUGCAGAGAUCCUGGGAAACACUCAAGAACGUGAUCAACGAGAAGCAAAAGAGUCUGUAUGAAGCUCUGGAGCGGCAGCAACACUAUCAGGAGUCCCUCCAGUCCAUUUCCACUAAAAUGGAGUCCAUAGAAGGAGCACUCAAUGAGGGUCUGGAGCCUAACAAGAGCCCCGAGAGCCAGAUGGCUGCACACCAGGCUCUGAUGGAUGAGAUCCUGAUGCUGCAGGAUGAGAUUGGUGAGUUACAGACGUGUUUCUCUGAGGAGCUGGCAGACAGUGACAGCGAUGGGGAGGCUGGGGACCAACUGGCUCUUCAGUCUACUCUUACUGUGCUGGGAGAGAGGAUGGCCACCAUUCGAAUGAAGGCUUCUGGGAAACGGCAGCUGCUGGAGGAGAGACUCAGUGAACAGCUAGAGGAGCAGCGGCAGGAACAGGCGCUGCAGCGUUACCACAGUGAGGCCGAGGAGCUCGACCACUGGCUGCUUAGCACUCGUGCCACUCUGAGCUCUGCCCUUCAGCCCCAAAACGAGGACUUGGACAUGGAGGAGCAGCUCAUUGACUGUCAGAAUAUGCUGUUCGAGAUCGAGCAGAAGGUCUCAUAUCUGUCGGAGCUGUCCGUCCACAGCGAGAGCUUGCUGAUGGAGGGUCGGGCCGAGACCAAGGGAGAGGCGGAGCAACUCACCCUCAAACUGCACUCCCUCAAAGACAGCCUGAUGGAACUGCAGCAGAUGCUACAGGAUAAACAAAUUGACAUACAGGGUUCAUUGCAGGAGCAGGAGGACAGUGAGCCAGACUCAUCUCUGUCUCAGAGUCCUAAUGUCCAGGAUUGGCUUUCCCAGGCCAGAUCCACACGCACACAGCAGCACCACGACAACCUUCUUCGACAGAGGGAGCUGCAGGAGCAGGUAGCUGAACAGAGGAGGCUGCUGAAGUCUGUAGCCAGUGUUGGAGAAGAGUUACUCAGCCAACAGACCACACCUAAUGGGGACAGUGAGGUGUCCAUCCCAGGAGGAGUAUUGCUGGAGUCUGAGACCAUUUCACCUUUGGAACAGAUGAGACAGCGCUGGGAAAACCUCAAUAAAGAUCAAAACACAAAGCUGCAGCUCUCCCUCAACUCUCUGGAACAGGACCAGCUGAGCCCGGUCCUCCACCGGUCCCGUCUGUCCAGCCCCAGUAUGGUGUUUAGAGGCGUGUCUGCUAAUCAGGACUCUCGCUCUCCCAGAGCUUUGUUUGAGGCCUGUGGUCAGACUCUGGAACGAAUUGCCCAUGAGACGGCAGGUGGUGACAACAGAUUGGUAGCAUCUUUAGGUGGGACAACAGUCCAACAGGACCUGUACUCUGCAGUUUCCGCAGCUUCCUCCUGGUUGGAUGCUGCUGAGAACCAGCUGCUCUCUGGUCCUGUGUUGCUGUCUGAAGACACAGAGACACAACUUACAAAUCUGGAGGGUCUGAAUAAACAGCUGAAGGCAAUGACCAGGGAGGUAAACCUGUGCAGAGACCAUCUGGGUGGCGGAGUGGGCCGGUUGUGUGGGGGAGACGAGCAAGCUCUUAUGGAGGACACACUGGAGGGCCUGCAGGAGAGGAUGGGGCUGCUGGACUCCACCCUUGAACAACACUGUGACGCCAUGAGGGACAAACUACAGGAACACUCAACCUUCCAGAAUGAACUGAGGCUGCUGUUCACAGCUCUGAGUGAAAGUAAACACCUGUUGCUACAGAAGAUGGCUGGAACUGUCGACAGACCUGCGUCCAAACAGAUAGAGACAUUAUCAGAGGUGGAGGAGAGUCUGAGAGAGUUUGAGCAGAGAGUGACUGAGCUGAAGACAAGAGCGGAGGGACUCCAAUCUGACCAAAUCUCCAACCAGGAACUUAUCAAACUACAGGAUGCAUAUGAGGAGCUGGUGCUGAUGGUGGGCUCCAGACGUAGCAGCCUGAACCACGGCUUGUCUCUCAAGGCUCAGUAUGAAGCUGCACUUCAUGACCUCACAGACCUGGUGGACACUGCCCAGGACAAGAUGGCUGCCGAUCAGAAGAUGACAGUGGCUUCUGUCAUAGAGGUUCAGAUGUUACUGGACAAACACAAAGAAUUUUUCCAGGGUCUCGAAUGCCAUAUGAUCCUCACCCAGACGUUCUACAGUAAAGUGUGUGGUCUGGUGGCACAGAGGGAAAGCCAGACCCUGGAGGAGACCAUGGCCUUAGCCCACAGUGUGCUCAAACAGGCCCACAGGAGGGGAGUGGAGUUGGAGGGAAUACUGGAGUCGUGGAGCAAGCUUGUGGAAGACUACCAGGCUCUGUGUAGACAGCUGGAGGCUGUGGAGUGUAGCAUCCCUACUGUGGGCUUGGUAGAGGAGACAGAGGAAAGACUUGUUGAAAGGAUCGGUCUCUUCCAGCGUCUUAAGGCCAGCCUGACGGAGCAUCAGCCCCAGCUAUACCAGGUCCUGGAGGAGGGCAAAAGGCUCCUUCUGUCUGUUGGCUGUUCAGACCUGGAGAACCAGCUGACCCAACUUGGAGAACACUGGCUCUCCUCCACCACCAAAGUCAACAAGGAGCUGCACCGCCUUGAUUCCACGCUAAAACACUGGAGCAGGUACCAGAGUGAGUCAGCAGAGCUGAGCCACUGGUUACAGUCGGCUCUGGACCGACUAGAGUUCUGGACGACCCAGUCAGUGACAGUGCCUCAGGAGCUGGAGACUGUCAGAGAUCACCUCUGUGCCUUCCUGGAGUUUUCCAAAGAGGUGGAUGCGAAGUCGUCCUUGCGCUCAUCUGUGCUGAGUACUGGGAACCAGCUCCUGCGAUUGAAAAGAGUAGAUACAGCUGGUCUCAGGACAGCACUUGGCCAAAUCGACACUCAGUGGGCGGAGCUGUUGACUCGUAUUCCUGUAGUACAAGAAAAGCUACACCAGUUGCAGAUGGAGAAACUGGCAUCGCGGCAUGCCAUCACAGAGCUGAUGAGCUGGAUUUCUCUCAUGGAGAACAUUAUACAGGAGGACCAGGAUAAAAUCAUGGGAGCUAUAGGCUCAGAAGUGGUCCAGGACUUCCUGCAGAAGUAUAAGGGUUUCCGCAUAGAUCUGACCUGUAAGCAGUUGACUGUGGACUUUGUAAACCAGUCAGUGCUGCAAAUCAGCAGUCAGGAUGUGGAGGGUAAGCGCAGUGACAAAACAGACUUUGCUGAGAAGCUGGGAGCUAUGAACAGACGGUGGCAGAUACUGCAGGGGCUCAUCACUGAAAAGAUUCAGCUUUUGGAAGGACUUUUGGAAGGUUGGUUGGAGCAUGAAAAUGGAGUUCAGGCCCUGAAAACCUGGCUCACACUACAGGAGGAGAAACUGAAGAAGAGACACAGGAUAGAGGAUGUAGCGUCGGUGCAGAAUGCACUUAAAGACUGUCAGGAGUUAGAGGAAUUAGUGAAGGACAAAGAGAAGGAUCUAGAGAAAGCAGAGGAACGAGGAAAUGCACUCAUUCAGGAUAAGAAAGGAGCAGCCUGCUCAGUUGUGAAGGAGACCCUCAAAGGAUUGAACCAAUCCUGGGCUCAUCUGGACCACAUGAUAAGUCAGAUGAAGGUGAGCCUGCGGUCGGUGCUGGAGCAGUGGACGCUGUACCGACGAGCUUCAGAUGAGAUUAAUGGGUACCUGAUGGAGGGGAGGUAUUCUGUGUCCAGGCUGCACCUCCUUAACGGGUCUCUAGAGGCAGUACAGCAGCAGGUGGAGAGUCUGGAGAACCUGCAGGAGGAGAUGGACAAACAGGAGAGCAGCCUGAGGAAGUUUGGAUCUGUAACACACCAGCUAUUGACAGAGUGUCACCCAUCUGUGGCUGAAACACUCAACACAGCCCUCCGGGAUGUUAACGUUAGGUGGAACAGUCUAUUAGAGCAGAUCUCAGAGCAGCUGAGGAGCAGCAAAGCCCUGCUGGUGUUGUGGCAGCGCUACAGGUCAUUGUGUGGCCAAUGUGUGACAGCGGUUCAGAAACAGGAAGAACGUGCUGAUCGCCUGCUGAAGAGCGCCACGGACAGGGAGAUCACAGAGGAGGAGAGCAGCGCCUGGAUAAACGACUGUGAUGCGUGCCUUGGUGACCAGGCUUCAGUGCAGCAGUCCCUCCAGCAGCUGCAGGCUUUAGGGGAACAACUGAAGAGCCAAGUCGACGCCUCGUCCUCAGCAGCCCUUCAGUCUGACCACCUGUCACUCACACAUCGCCUAGCAACACUAGAGCACGCCCUUCAGAGGCAGCAGGAAGUACUGCAGUCUGGAUCUCAGGCCUGUGAGGGUUUCAGAGAGCAGUUGGACACACUGAUCCAUAAGGCUGACGAAGCUGAGGAAGUGCUGAAGGAGUCUGACCCAGUUGGCUCACCAGACCUCGCUGUGGUCCAGACACGUAUGGAAAAACUGAAGGUUCACCUACUGAAGCUGAGCAGUCUGUCUCCAGAUCUUGAACGUGUGAAUGAGUUGGUUUACAGACUGCCGGUCAGUGAUAGAGAUGUUAAACGGCUGCAAAGUCUCAACAGAGCCUGGGCCGCUCACUCCGCUCACCUUACCGAGAGAUUCAGUAAACUGCAAGCAGUGUUGCUCCAGCAUCAGAGUUUCCUCCAGAAGUGUGAGGCGUGGAUGGACUUCCUGUCUCAGACUGAACAGAAGCUGGCUGCUGAGAUCUCAGGGAACUACCAGAGUCUGCUGGAGCAGCAGAGAGACCAUGAGUUGUUCCAGGCAGAGAUGUUUAGCAGGCAACAGAUUCUGUACUCCAUCAUCAGUGAUGGCCAUCAUAUGUUGGACCAAGGACAAGUAGAUGACAGAGAUGACUUCAGUGUGAAGCUGGCCUUGCUAAGCAAUCAAUGGCAGGGUGUGGUGAGGCGAGCACAGCAGCGAAGGGGCAUUAUUGAUAGUCUGGUCCGCCAGUGGCAGAACUACCGGGAGAUGGCGGAGAAGUUGCUACAGUGGCUUCAAGAAGUUACCCGUGAUCCAGAUGUACAUCAGCCAGGAGAACCAGUGGCACUGCAGCAGGCUAGAAACCUGUUAGAUCAGAUACAGCUGAGGGAGCGGGUGCUGCAGAGGCAGCAGGGCAGCUACAUCCUGACGGUGGAGGCCGGCAGGAGCCUGCUGCUGUCAGCUGAUGCCUGGGCGGAGUCCACCCUGCAGACGGAGCUGAUGGACAUUCAGGAGAGGUGGAGGCACGCUCACCACCGCCUGGACCAUCAGAGGAGGGAGCUGCAGGGCUUGCUCAAGAACUGGGAACGGUGUGAGAAGGGCAUAAAUGCAUCACUGGAGAAGCUGAGGGCCUUCAAGAGAAAGCUGUCUGUUCCACUGCCUGAUCACCACGAGGAGCUGCACUCAGAGCAAAUCAGAUGCAAGGAAUUGGAGAGCAGUGUGGAGGGAUGGACCGAUGACCUUACUUCCUUGUUCCUGCUGAGGGACUCCUUGGAGGGUGUGGUCAGUGCAGAUGACAUCACAGUCUUACAGGAACGCCUCCAGCUGCUUCAGCGUCAGUGGGGGGAGGUCUGCCACCAGCUUUCCCUGCGCAGGCAGCAGGUGAGCGAGAAGUUGAAUGAGUGGGCAGUUUUCAAUGAGAAGAACAAGGAACUAUGUGAGUGGCUCACACAGAUGGAGAGCAAGGUCUCUCAGAAUGGGGACAUCAGCAUUGAAGAGAUGAUCGAAAAGCUGCGCAAGGACUACCAAGAAGAGAUCAGUGUAGCUCAGGAGAACAAACAGCAGCUGCAGGUUAUGGGCGAGCGCCUGGCCAGGGCCAGCCAAGACAGCAAGGCGGCCGAGAUCCAACACAAGCUCAGCAAAGUCAGCGAGCGCUGGCAACACUUGCUGGACCUCAUCGCUGCCAGGGUGAAGAAGUUGAGGGAGACCCUGGUGGCGGUGCAGCAGUUGGAUAAAAACAUGAGCAGCCUGCGUUCAUGGCUGGCUCACAUCGAGACAGAGCUGUCCAGGCCCAUCAUCUAUGAAACCUGUGACGACCAGGAGAUUCAGAGGAAGCUCAACCAGCAGCAGGAGCUGCAGAGGGACAUAGAGAAACACAGCACCGGUGUGGCGUCCGUGUUGAACCUGUGUGAAGUCCUGCUCCACGAUUGUGAUGCAUGCUCCACAGAGACAGAGUGUGACUCCAUCCAGCAGGCCACCAGAGGACUGGACAGACGAUGGAGGAACAUCUGUGCCAUGUCCAUGGAGAGGAGGCUCAAGAUUGAGGAGACAUGGAGGUUGUGGCAGAAGUUUCUGGAUGAUUACUCCAGGUUCGAGGAUUGGCUGAGGACCUCAGAAAGAACAGCAGCUCUACCUAACUCAUCUGGAGUUCUGUAUACUGUUGCUAAGGAAGAGCUUAAAAAGUUUGAGGCCUUCCAGCGUCAGGUGCAGGAGUGCCUGACACAGCUGGAGCUUAUAAACAAACAGUACCGUCGCCUGGCCCGGGAGAACCGCACAGACUCCUCCUGCCGACUCAGGGAAAUGGUGCAUGAUGGGAACAGAAGAUGGGAUAGCCUGCAGAAGAGGGUGGCAGCCAUCCUACGCAGACUCAAGCACUUCAUCAGCCAGAGGGAGGAGUUUGAGACGGCACGAGACAGCAUCCUGGUGUGGCUUACAGAGAUGGACCUCCAGCUGACCAACAUAGAGCACUUCUCUGAGUGUGACGUACAGGCCAAGAUAAAACAGCUCAGGGCAUUCCAGCAGGAGAUCUAUCUGAACACCGGGAAGAUCGAGCUGGUGUUCAGACAGGGCGAAGCUCUGAUUGAGAAGAGUGAACCUCUGGAUGCAGCCGUCAUCGAGGAAGAGCUGGAGGAGCUGCAGAGAUACUGCCAGGAGGUCUUUGGACGAGUCGACAGAUACUACAAGAAACUCACACGGCUGCCUCUGGCUGACGAUGAGCUUGAUGGUUCAGACAGAGAGCUGGACGUGGAGGAAGGUGGCGAGCUCUCUGAGCUACAAUGGGGUGACUCAUCUCUGCCCCGGACAUCCAGCCGUCCAGCCUCAGGUACUGCCGCUCUCAUCAGGGCAGAUCGCUCAGGACGUGACACCCCCGCCAGCGUGGACUCCCUCCCCUUAGAGUGGGACCACGACUACGACCUGAGCAGAGGUCUGGACAGCCCUGGAGGACGAGGCCAUGGGGAAAGAAGCCGAGGGCAAGAGGAGGAGGAUGAGUAUCUGAGGACAACUGCCACGGUGCUGUCAGAUGUAGUUAUCCCAGAGAGCCCAGAGGCCUAUAUAAAACUGACAGAGAACACAUUGAAAUCAUCCUCUGGUGAGCCAGGUCAGCUGGAGGCCAGUCUCAGACAGCUGGAUCAGGCUCUGGAUGCAGGACGAUACCACCUCCAGCAGAGAGAGGCCACCGCCAACCGCUCCAGCCCCGACAUCGACUCCACAUACAUGGGCUACAUGCGUCUGAUGGGAGAGUGUCGAGGCAGUAUAGACGCAGUGAAGAGAGCAGAAGGAGAGCUAACUGAGGACGAGGAUGACAUGCCGGGACUCACCAACCCCACCAGCACAGACACGCAGAGCGCAGGUGUGAUCGAGCGCUGGGAGCUAAUCCAGGCUCAGUCUCUGAGUGAGAAGCACAGGCACAAGCAGAACCUGCAGCAGUGGCAGCAGCUGAUCUCGGAUCUGCAGACCAUGAGGGCCUGGUUGGGUCAGUCUGAGGCUGAACUCAGCCAGCUGCGAGGGCUUGAUCUCAGCACUGACAUACACACCAUCCAGCAAAGAAUCAAGAAGCUCAAGGAGCUGCUGAAGGGGGUAGAUGCCCACAAGUCAGAGGUGUUGUCCAUCAACCUGAGCAGUGCAGACUUCCUCCAAUCAGAGCCUGACUCUGAGGAGGCGUGGGAACUGAGGGACAGGCUGAAAGAGAUGAACUCUCGCUGGGAUCGGCUCAGUACCUCCCUGGAGGACUGGAGGAAAGAGCUACAGAGGGCGCUGAUGCAGUGCCAGGAGUUCCAUGAGAUGAGCCAUGGUCUGCUGCUGUGGCUGGAGAACAUUGACCGUAGGAGAAACGAGGUGGUGCCCAUCCCUCCCAAACUCGAUCGUGAAACGUUACGAGCUCAUCAUAAAACACUGACGCAAAUCAAGCGUGAGCUGCUGGACUCGCAGCACAAAGUGUCGUCACUUCAGGAGCUGUCCGCUCAGCUGCUGGUCAACACUAAACCUCAGACUCUGUUGCCACAGUCGCAAGCCUCAGAGCAGAUCCAGGCUCAGGGCAGCGAGUGUCUGGAGGCCGAAGAGAAGGUGCACGUGAUCCUGAACAGGCUCAGACUGCUCCUGAGGGAAGUCAGCUCAGACCUGGAGGGGUUGGAGAGGAGACUGGAGGCCACAGACACACGGCAGGAUUGCUUACCAGUGCCUGUUGGCAAACCAGAAACCCUUGGAUCAGCUGCUCCUGAGUCAGCGGUGACUGUCCAAAGUCGCAAACGAUUGCCCCGAGGCAAAAGUAGUCAGGCCCACCCAGGACACCCUGAGAGCGGCCCGCGCCACAGCCGGAGCAGAUCACCAGGCGCCGCUGGCUGCGUUUCCUCCCGUUCUGACCUUCCGGACGGCGUCUCCUUACCGACCUCCUCCUCCUCCAAAGGCCAGUCCUUCCUGCUGCGGGUCCUCAGGGCUGCGCUUCCCGUCCAGCUGCUCCUCCUGCUCCUCAUUGGCCUGGCCUGCCUGGUGCCCAUGACAGAGGAGGACUACAGCUGCCACCAUGCCAACAACUUUGCCCGCUCCUUCCAUCCCAUGCUGCGCUAUACCAACGGACCUCCGCCCAUAUGAGACGUAGUUGAAUAUCUACCUACUGCUUUGCCAAGGACUCCACUGAAUGUUUCCUCUUCACCCUGUGCCCUGAAGCAACAAACUCUCUCUCACAUGAAAAUGAAGACUUGUCUCACUAACAUUGCACACUCACUCUCCUGAAACCCUUUAAACCCACUCUCCAGAACAAAUGGACCUUCGUCUGGACCCCCUCUCCCCCAAUCUAAAUACUUCAUGUUGUUUUAACUUAAAUGUGUAUAUUAUUUUUUAAGGUUUCUGAAGGAACCGGAGAAAUCAAUGAAAACAAAGCACUAUUUAUAUACUGUAUGUUGGGAGCCAAAGUCGAACGUGCUUUUUGUCCAUGAUACCCAGUGCUGCUACUAUUUAUUUAGCGUUCAAUCAGAUAAUUGAUUGUUGAUUUUGAUUAAGCUAAAGGACCACCCUAAGUGUGGCAUAUUGUACCUGUAAAUUGUACAGUAGAUUUGCAGUUUGAGUAGCAAUCAUUCACAGUCUCAGAUGUGAAGAGUUUGUUUCUGACAGACACAUUUAAAGAUCUACUCAGACGACUGAAACAGAACUUUCUGAAGGAUGAACGUUGUGUUUUAGCUUGUCACAUCUUAGAAUAAAUUGGAAAUGAAGUCUCCAGAUGACAUUAAAGCUAAAAUCUGAACAUAUAGCACUGACAUGAGCACUGUCGAAGGUACUGCACUGAAGCCGUCCAGCCAAGAUGGCCGACUUCUUUCCCCAAAAGCUAAGGCUUGUAUUCCUGUUUUUAAUUUCAGUAUUUAAUCAGCUGAGGGCAAAUAUGAAAAAAAGAUAUGAGCUCUCGACUGAUUUGUAUAUUUUUGUUGAAAUGCCUUUGAAUACAGGCAGUUAUUUUUUUAUCUUUCCGUUUGAGCAUGCACUUGAAAGUACACUGCUUUUAAGAAAGCCAAACAAUCACUGGUAGUGUUUUAGUAGACGGCUGCGACAUGAAAUAGUGAGCUUUGUAAUAACUGCGAUAAUUAUUCUGCGGUGACGAGACAUCGGAAUCACUGCGUUGUUAAAACAGAAUCUGUAAAAAAUGAUGAAAUAUGAAAAUGGUUAUUUAUGUAUGUACAGUUUGCUAAUGCCAACUUCAUGAAGAAUACUCUCUUUGCAAAAAAUAAAACAUGAAAUAUUUA